UCCAGCAACCCGAGCCGCGCCGCGCUGUUGCCUGCCCGACUUUUGAUAAAGCGACCGAGCCAUGGCCAUGCGAAGUGUGCUGUCCCUGGCGGUGUUUGUGCUUCCAGUUGUGGCCUUUGUGGCACCAGCCAACAGUCGGCCAGAGAUGACUCGCGAGGUCCGUGUGACGUUGAGUCCGGAGCCGGUUGUCGAGGCAUCCUCGUCGUGGACCUCCCUGAUGGCGGGAGCCAGCCUUGGCUACGCCGCCGCAGCGGUGGCCGCAGCAUCCAAGGGCCGAAUGGCGAUGAAGGCGGAGAACUCGACCCCAGCAGUGGCCAGGACCCCUGUGGCCUACCCCAUCUUCACCUUUCGCUGGUUGGCGGUUCACGCUCUGGUGGUCCCCACGGUCUUUUUCCUCGGUGCGAUUAGCUCCAUGCAGUUCAUCCAGCGCUGAGUCGACGGUAGGGACGUCUGAAGUCGGUGUGUUUUUUUUCGCAAAAAAAA